GAGGCACGGCAUACCCCGAGCGAACGGGCCUCGAUUCUUUUUCUUUCGGCCGCGUCGCACGUGUGUCGUCCUCUCGUCUCCGUGUCCCGUGUCUGAAGACCGGUGUCUCUGUGUUCACCGCGGUGAAAACCACUCUCGCGCGCGUCUGGAUACCGAACGUUCCUACGUAGUCUCACCUAGUUGCUCGCAUAUUGCUCGCGUAACGUUGUGUAUCGUGUCGCGCACGGGGCAGCAUGCCUUUUCGCGGUCCUUUCUGAGAACCGGAGAGACGUUCGCGGUUCUAGAAGAGAUGUUAGAGCUGCUGGUGCCGUUAAUAUGACGCGACGACCGCCACCGGGACGAGACCUGCGACUCUGCGCUAUUGCCUGGCUACUUUGGUGUGUCUUGCCUGCUGGGACCGGAGUGCUUCACAACUAUGCGGACAAGCAGAGGUACGAUGGAUGGUACAACAAUCUGGCCCAUCCGGAUUGGGGAUCGAUCGACAGCAGGCUGAUACGAAAGAUGCCGGCAGCGUAUUCCGAUGGAGUCUAUAUGCUUGCUGGCCAGGACAGACCUUCUCCGAGGAAGCUCAGUCAGCUUUUCAUGCAAGGCGAUGACGGUCUGCCAUCGGUCAAGAAUAGGACAGCGCUGUUCGCUUUCUUCGGACAGCUGGUCACGUCGGAAAUCAUCAUGGCCAGCGAAAGCGGUUGUCCCAUAGAGUACCACCGGAUCGACGUAGACAAAUGCGAUCCGGUUUUCGACAAGGAGUGCCAAGGUAACAAGUACAUUCCCUUCCGCCGGGCGGAUUAUGAUCGGCGGACUGGACACAGCCCGAACAGCCCUCGAGAGCAGAUAAACAAAGUGACGAGCUGGAUCGACGGUAGCUUCAUCUACUCGAGCAGCGAGGCGUGGGCGAAUACCAUGAGGUCCUUCAAAAACGGCAGCCUCCUGAUGGAACCGACGAGAAAGUUCCCCGUGAGGAACACCAUGCGCGCUCCGUUGUUCAAUCAUGCUGUUCCCCAUGUAAUGAGGAUGCUGAGCCCUGAACGCCUCUACCUUCUUGGGGACCCGAGGACGAACCAGCAUCCACCUCUUCUGGCUCUCGGGAUUUUGUUUUACCGAUGGCACAACGUCAUCGCGGCGAGGAUACAGAAGGAGCAUCCGAAUAUGGACGACGAGGAUGUGUUCCAGAAGGCGCGACGCAUCGUCGUGGGGACGCUACAGAAUAUUAUACUCUACGAGUAUUUGCCGAUAAUGCUGAACGAGGAGCUACCGCGAUACUCGGGAUACAAGUCUGACCUUCACCCCGGGAUCAGUCAUAUAUUCCAGAGCGCUGCUUUCCGAUACGGACAUACUCUGAUACCACCCGGUAUAUACCGUCGUGAUGAGAACUGUGAGUUCAGGAGAACCAACACUGACCAGCCCGCCAUAAGACUGUGCUCCACUUGGUGGGACUCGAACGAAGUUUUAACGAACAGCACGAUCGAGGAGCUGAUAAUGGGGCUGGCUUCGCAAAUAGCCGAGAAGGAGGACAACCUUUUAGGCACCGACAUCAGGAAUAAUCUUUUCGGCCCGAUGGAGUUUUCCAGAAGAGACUUAGGUGCGCUGAACAUCAUGCGUGGGCGGGACAACGGCCUCCCGGACUACAAUACCGCCAGAGCGCACUUCAAACUUCCUCGACGGAAAACUUGGAACGAGAUCAACCCUGAAUUGUUCAACAAGAAUCCCUCCUUGUUGCGCACAUUGGUCGAAAUCCACUCGAAUAACUUGAACAACGUCGAUGUGUACGUCGGUGGAAUGUUAGAGUCCAGAUCUGGUCCUGGAGAACUGUUCUCCGCGGUCAUUAGGGAACAGUUCCUUCGUUUGAGGGAUUCAGAUAGGUUCUGGUUCGAGAACGAGGAGAACGGAAUCUUCACUAAGAGCGAAAUCGAGGAUAUUCGUCGCGUCACCAUAUGGGAUGUGAUCGUCAACGCCACUGGAAUCCAACCGGAAGUUGUGCAGAAGAACCUGUUCGUUUGGGAGGAGGGAGAUCCUUGUCCUCAACCUUAUCAGUUGAAUUCCACAAUACUGGAACCUUGUGUUCCGUUGCAGCGAUACGAUUACUUUGAGGGAAGCGAGUUGGUCUACAUAUACGCUUGUGUGUUCCUCGGGUUCGUGCCGAUUUUGUGCGCCGGUGCCGGUUACGGCCUGGUGAAAUUGCAAAAUCGUCGUCGUAGACGGUUGAAGAUCCUCCAGGAGGCGAUUCAGAAGCGAAACGACGGAAAGAUCUGCGUCGACAAGAUGAUUGUGCGCGAGUGGCUGCACGCGAAUCACCGUAGGCUGGUCAAGGUGAAAUUCGGCCCGGAAGCAGCUCUCCAUAUCGUUGAUCGGAAAGGGGAGAAAUUGCGCACGUUCGAUUUCAGCGAUGUAAACACCGUAACCAUGGAGGAGUCCCAGGAAAAUGGGAAUGGUCAUCGCAAGGCGUUGGUGCUCCUCCGUAUACCGCGAGACUACGACCUUGUCCUUGAACUGGAUUCUCUGGCCUCGCGUAGAAAGUUCAUUGCGAAACUGGAGGCAUUCCUGGCGUCCCAUAAGAAACACUUCACGCUGUCCCAGGUCGGCCGGGACAUUAUGCUUGCGAAAGCGGAAACGAAGGAGCGUCGUCAGAAGAAACUCGAGCAGUUUUUCAGGGAAGCUUAUGCACUCACCUUUGGUCUGCGACCUGGUGAAAGGCGACGGCGUUCCGAAGAUAGUGACAGCGGGGAAGUUGUCACCGUGAUGAGGACCUCGCUUUCUAAAAGUGAGUUUGCCAGCGCGCUUGGCAUGCGGGCGGAUGCUGUCUUCGUGAAAAAGAUGUUUAACAUUGUAGAUAAGGACAGGGACGGUCGCAUUUCCUUCCAGGAAUUCCUGGACACGGUUCUCCUAUUUUCACGAGGAAAAACGGAGGAUAAGCUAAGGAUCAUUUUCGACAUGUGUGACAAGGACAGCAACGGAGUUAUCGACAAGGAGGAAUUAUCCGAGAUGUUGAGAUCAUUGGUGGAAAUUGCACGGACCACCAGCUUGUCCGACGACCAUGUUACAGAACUGAUAGAUGGAAUGUUCCAAGACGCCGGACUCGAGCGGAAGGAAUACCUCACAUACAAUGAUUUCAAGCUGAUGAUGAAAGAGUACAAAGGUGAUUUCGUGGCGAUUGGACUUGAUUGCAAGGGUGCGAAACAGAAUUUCCUGGACACCUCGACGAACGUCGCACGAAUGACCAGUUUCCAUAUUGAUCAACUUCCGUCGGAGGACUCGAAGAGCUGGGCAAGGAAACAGUGGGACGCCAUGUCGACAUUCCUCGAGGAGAACCGGCAGAACAUAUUCUACCUGUUCGUUUUCUACGUUACGACGAUCGCCCUGUUCGUCGAGAGAUUUAUAUAUUACUCUUUCAUGGCAGAGCACACAGAUUUGAGACACAUAAUGGGAGUAGGCAUUGCCAUCACCAGAGGAUCAGCAGCAGCGUUAUCUUUUUGCUACAGUUUAUUGCUGUUGACCAUGUCCCGCAACCUUCUGACCAAACUGAAGGAGUUUUCAAUUCAGCAAUACAUUCCACUGGACUCUCACAUACAGUUCCAUAAAAUAGCCGCUUGCACUGCUUUGUUUUUCUCCGUUCUCCACACUGUGGGCCACAUGGUUAACUUCUACCAUGUCUCUACCCAACCGCUGGCACAUCUUCGUUGUUUGACAAGUGAGCUCAGCUUUCCCAGCGAUGCUCGUUUGACCAUCUCCUUUUGGCUCUUUAGAACUGUGACAGGCUUGACCGGAAUCCUACUGUUUGUCGUGAUGACGAUAAUCUUUGUAUUCGCCCAUCCGACUAUCCGCCAGAAAGCCUACAAGUUCUUUUGGUCGACUCACAGCCUCUAUGUAGUGUUGUAUGCACUGUGUCUGAUUCAUGGUUUGGCUCGGUUGACCGGCUCCCCUCGGUUCUGGAUUUUCUUUGUUGGUCCAGCGAUAAUUUACGCACUCGAUAAGGUAGUCAGCCUUCGGACGAAGUACAUGGCGCUGGACAUCAUCGAGACGGAAUUACUGCCGUCGGACGUGAUAAAGAUCAAGUUCUACAGGCCGCCGAAUUUAAAGUACUUGUCUGGCCAAUGGAUCCGGCUCUCCUGCACCGCCUUCCGGUCGAACGAAUUCCACUCGUUCACCUUGACCUCGGCACCACACGAGAACUUUCUAUCCUGCCACAUCAAGGCCCAAGGUCCCUGGACCUGGAAACUGAGGAACUACUUCGAUCCCUGCAAUUACAAUCCCGAGGAUGAACACCCGAAGAUAAGGAUAGAAGGUCCAUUCGGUGGCGGGAACCAAGACUGGUACAAAUUCGAGGUCGCUGUGAUGGUCGGCGGUGGAAUCGGUGUCACUCCGUACGCCUCUAUGCUUAAUGACCUCGUUUUUGGUACUUCCACCAAUAGGUACUCAGGAGUCGCCUGUAAAAAGGUCUAUUUCCUGUGGAUAUGUCCUUCGCACAAGCACUUCGAGUGGUUUAUCGACGUCCUCAGGGAUGUCGAACGAAAGGACGUCACAGAUGUCCUAGAGAUUCAUAUAUUUAUUACACAAUUUUUUCACAAAUUCGAUCUGCGUACUACUAUGUUGUACAUUUGCGAGAACCACUUCCAGAGACUAUCCAAGAAGAGUAUUUUCACCGGACUAAAGGCGAUAAAUCAUUUUGGUCGACCCGACAUGACCUCGUUCUUGAAGUUCGUUCAGAAGAAGCAUAGCUACGUCAGCAAAAUAGGAGUAUUUAGUUGCGGACCACGCCCCCUGACAAAAAGCGUGAUGUCCUCCUGCGAUGAGGUGAACAAAGGUCGUCGCCUGCCCUACUUCAUCCAUCAUUUCGAGAACUUCGGCUAGUCCUGUCGCGAGAAUAGGAGAAGAGGAGCGAUGGACUCUAUCGCGAAUCUCAUGGGACUCUACCUUAUGUAUAUAUUUAUGCGCGAUGCUCGUGCGCAUCGUUUAUUUAUACUGAGUAUUACAUUUCUUAUUUAUGUUAAAAAAAAAAAACAGGCGAACACGUUUUUUCUUUA